AGAUAUAAGCAUGGGGAGAAGCAGGCUCCCUGGGGGUGCCUGAUGAGGACUCGAUCCCAGGAUCCUGGGAUCAAGACUUGAGUCAAAGGGGGACGCUGUACCACUGAGCCACCCAGGUGCUCCAGCACCUAAGAGUUUUAACGAACAUACCUCACAGCUAAUGGUUGGGGGAGAAGGGUCCCUGAGCUGAGGCUCAGGCUUCAGCAUUCAAAUUUCCACAACAACCAAGUGCUUGGGAGAACGUGGAAGUCUUUAGCUGAAGUACCACUGCCUGCAGGUGGAGAAAGGAUGGGUGGAGCCUCAACGCUGAUGACAGUUAAAGAUCAAUAUGGAGCCAAUCUUUAUUGUAUACGGUGAGGUAAAAUUUUUGUUAAGAUUUUAUUUAUUUCAGAGAGACAGAGCACCAGCAGUGGGGAGGAGGAGAGGGAGAGAGGGAGAAGCAGAUUCCUCGCUGAGCAGGGAGCCCAAAGCGGGGCUGGAUCCCACCAACUGAGCCACCCAGGCACCACGGGAGGAGGUAAAUUUUAAGUGUGUCUGUAAACAAGAAUCAUAGCUCCCUGAGUGGCUUCGCAGACUCGUGCCAACCCCUGAACACCCCCUGGCCCCUGCUGCCCUAGCCUGGUCAGGUGCCCCUCUUGCUCUGAACAAGAGCAUCCCUCCACUGGAACCGACUCUGGAUCUCCCUGCGCACACUUGUGUCCCCACAUCUAGAAGGAGCUGCAGGAAGACGCCACUGUUCCUUUAUGGCCUGGACCAAAUUUUGUCUAAAUAUUGGCCCAAACGUCCAAGGAACCGACACCCGCAGAGACGGGUUCUACUAAGCAAUCGGACCUCCUGUUGUCACUCAGGAGCAGAGGGGCGGGUCCCUUGCGAGCUGUCCAAUCAGGGGCACCGCAGGGGCUGGUGGGCGUGGCGACGCUCGGCAGCCGUGUGGACGCCGGUGGCCUUGCGAUCGCAUCUCACCUGCGCGUAACGGUCUCUGGUGGUUCUGCUGGAGCAUCAGUCGCGCAGAUUGAUGCACCUGCUGCCGGCACCAUAGGGACAACGCCCGCGGACUGAGAAGCCGGGAAGCGAGACGGGGGCACGAAUGCAAGGAGAGAAUCCUCCAGCAGAUUCCCCACUGAGCCCAAUGCAGGACUCCAUCUCAGGACCCUGAGAUCAUCACUGAAGCUUAAACCAAGAGUCCACUGCUUAACCAACCGAGCCACCCAGGUGCCUGAAGGCUGCACAUGUGUCCUAAGGAAACACGAUUGUACAUACAGUGUACGGUAAUGAGGCCUCCUGGACUCUCAUGUUUGGUGAUGGGACUAGAAGAAAAAGCUUCCAGUUCUUCACUGUGUUUUAUUCAUUAAAACCUCAUGCAGAUUUGACCCCGUACAUCAUGGAGUGCUGAGUUAAAUGGACUCAGUAACCUUUGAGGAUGUAGCUGUGAGCUUCACCCUGGAAGAGUGGGCUUUACUGGAUUCUUCACAAAAGAAACUCUACAGAGAUGUGAUGCGGGAAACCUUCAGAAACCUUUCCUCAAUAGGGAAAAAAUGGAAAGACCAUGACACUGAAGAUAGGGACAAUAACCAGGAGAGAAAACUAAGAAGUAAUGUGGUAGAAAAACCUUGUGAAAGCAAAGAGGGUCAUCAGAGUGGAGAAACCAUCAGCCAGACUCCAGAUCUUAAUCUGAACAAGAAAAGUCCUGGAGUAAAACCACCUGAAGGUCACCAGUGUGGAGACACCAUCACCCAAAUUCCAGAUCUUAAUCUCAACAAGAAAAGUUCUUCUGGAGUAAAACCACCUGAAGGUCGUCAGUGUGGAGAAACCAUCACCCAGAUUCCAGGUAUUAAUCUGAACAAGAAAACACCUUCUGGACUAAAACCAUGUGAAUGUAGCGUGUGUGGAAAAGUCUUUGUGCGUCACUCAUCCCUUAAUAGGCACAUCAGAUCUCACACUGGACACAAGCCGUAUGAGUAUCACGAGUAUGAAGAGAAGCCAUAUAAGUGCAAGGAAUGUGGGAAAGCCUUCAGUUACCGCAAAUCUGUUCACAGACACGAAAGGACUCACACUGGAGAAAAACCCUAUGAAUGUCAGGAAUGUGGGAAAGCUUUCACGUGGCUCACAACUUUUCGAAGACACAUGAUAACUCACACAGGAGAUGGACCUUAUAAAUGUAAGGAAUGUGGGAAAGCUUUUAGUUGUUCAACUUCAUUGCGAACACAUGAAAGGACUCACACUGGAGAGAAACCCUAUCAGUGUCAACAGUGUGGUAAAUCCCUCAGAUCCCCACUGGGUUUACGAAUACAUGAAAGAAAUCACACUGGAGAGAAACCCUAUGAAUGUAAGCAGUGUGGGAAAGCCCUCAGUUGCCCCAGUUCCUUUCGAAGACAUGAAAGGACUCACACUGCAGAGAAGCAGUAUGAAUGUAAACAAUGUGAGAAAACGUUCAGUUCUCCUCUAGGUUUGCGAAUACAUGAAAGAAUUCACACAGGAGAGAAACCUUACGAAUGUAAAGAAUGUGGGAAAGCCUUCAUUUCUCUGUCAAGCAUUCGGACACACAUGAUAACACACACUGGAGAUGGACCUUAUAAAUGUAAGGAAUGUGGGAAAGCCUUCAUUUGUCCCAGUUCCUUUCGAUCACAUGAAAGGACGCACACCGGAGAGAAACCCUAUGAAUGUAAACAGUGUGGUAAAACCUUCAGUUGGCCCAGUUCCUUUCGAAUACAUGAAAGAACUCACACUGGAGAGAAACCUUAUGAAUGUAAGGAAUGUGGCAAAACCUUCAUUUAUCGCACAACCUUUCAGGGACACAUGAGAAAGCACACUGGAGAGAAGCCCUAUAAAUGUAAAGAAUGUGGGAAAGCCUUUAUUUCUCCGUCAAGUGUUCGAACACACAUGAUCAUGCACACUGGAGAUGGGCCUUAUAAAUGUAAGGAAUGCGGGAAAGCCUUCAAUUUUCCCAGUUCGUUUCGAAUACAUGAGAGAACUCACACAGGAGAGAAGCCUUAUGAAUGUAAACAGUGUGGUAGAGCCUUCAGUUGUUACACAUCCUUUCGAACACAUGAAAAAACUCACACUGGAGAAAAACCCUAUGAAUGUAAGGAAUGUGGAAAAGCCUUCAUUUAUCGCACUACCUUUCGAGGACAUGUGAGAAUGCACACUGGAGAGAAACCAUACAAAUGUAAAGAAUGUGGGAAAGCCUUCAGUCGCCCCAAUUCAUUUCGAAGGCAUGAAAGAUCUCAUACUGAAUAGAAACCUUUUGAAUGUAAGCAGUGUGGGUAAACAUCAAUUGACCUUCAUCCUUACAUGUAAAAACCCCCAUUGGAAAGAAAUCUAAUAUAAGCAAGCCUGAUACAUGGAUUCAUGUAUAAUGCUCCAGAAAACUGUAAAUGAAAGAAUCAUUAUAAAAGUUAUAGAUAUAUUGUCUUUAUCAGUGCCUCAUUCUUAAAGUGGAUCUUUGGACUGUGGAUAUUUUACUACUAAUCUUUCAAAAAUGAACAUUGAGGUGAGAUAAUUCUGUAAGUACUCUAUUACUGUUUAAAGGCUAAUAGAUGUUUGUUUUCUCCUUAAAUCAGUUAAUAUUUUUCUUUUUCCAUUUUGGAGUUUGUUUGACCAUGGGUGAAUUGAAGUGGUUUCUAAAUGUGCAAGUAGGUUUAAUUUUUAUUUAAUGUCUUAUUUGAAUUAUCAAUGAAUGACACUUUAGUAUUUGUUGGGAUUUUCCUACUGGCCUUCUGUGUCAGCUACUGGAUAUCUUUUACCCAUCAUAUAUUCCAUCUUUCUUAGGAGAAAAUCAAUUCUUGUUUUGGCUUAAAAGAGCCUUAUUCUGUUUUCCUUGCUAAUAAAAAGAUGGUAUAAAUCUGUAAAUAUGCAAAGUUUAUUAUGAAGUAUAGUCUGAUCAAUUAUUUCCAUCUUUUGCCCUUUGCCAUUCCUUCUGGCUAGGAUUUGAAUAAUUAACUUUGCAUUAAGACAAACCAAUUAUCGGAUAAUAAAAUAUAGAAUUGGAGGUGGCUCUCCUAAAUUGUGUUUCGUCACUUGGGUAAUGUAAUAUAUUCUAGAAUCUGUUUCCUUUGUGAUUCUAUGUUAGUAUUUACCUGAAGCCUCACUUGCAUGAGAUUUGGAAGGCAGCAGUACUGGAGGAAUUAGGUUUCAGAGCCACCAUACAGAGAGAGACAGCUGCGUAGGAGCUUUGAGGAUACCUGCUUGCAGCUUAUUUUCCUGAUCCCUUGCCCUGCCAAUUACAAGCAUCCUCAGAACAAUUAACUGCUCAACUUCCAUUUCUCAGAAGUGUAGGUUUCCACACAUACCUUCACAAGUUUACAUCAAAGAUCCAUGACAGUUUGUAUUUUCCUGCAAGCCCUCAUGUGUCUACCAGGCAACUAAUUUGAACUUCAUGGUUGUUCAGACUCCCCUCUCUUCUAAACUGUAUUCAUAUUUAAGGUCUAAUUUGUGUAGUAAACACCUUGUUCUGGUAAGACUGUUAGUAACCAUGUAUUCCUGAUUCCACUAUGCUAGCUACAAUGAUGCAGUCCACAAGAACCAUAUUGGACUUUGUUCCUCUGCUGGGCUAUGCAGCCACUGUUCUGACCCUGUCUUUCCCUAUGAGAACUGGUACCUUCCUCAUAUCAGGCAGAUUAUGAAUGUUUCCCUUUGCUCACAGCUCUGCAUAAUUCCUCAGUAUGUUUUCAGGUAUGUUUGAUUGUAUGUGAUUAAAAGUAAUGCAUUUGUCAAAAUCCUCUGUAAUCAUUUCUUAAAACAUUUUAUUAACUGUUUUAAUACAAUUUAUAUGCUAAUAUAUACAGUUUCUCCUUUCCUAAGAGUAUAUAUUAAAUCCCAUUAUAAUUACGAA